AUGCUGGCGCUGGGGCAGAUGGACGGCGCGCCCCGGCAGGGCGCCUUCCUGCUGGGCAGCCCGCCGCUGGCCGCCCUGCACAGCAUGGCCGAGAUGAAGGCGCCGCUGUACCCCGCGUACCCCCUGCCCGCCGGGCCCGCCUCCUCCUCCUCUGCCUCCGCCUCGCCCGCCUCUGCCUCGCCCUCGCCGCCGCUCGGCUCCCCCGGCCUCAAGGCGCCGGCCGCCUCCUCCACCGCCGCCGCGGGCGGACUCUCGGCGCUGGGCUCAGCCCCGCCGCAGCUCUCGGCCGCCACUCCGCACGGCAUCAACGACAUCCUCAGCAGGCCCUCCAUGCCCCUGCCGGCCUCCGCGCUCGCCUCCGCCUCGCCCUCCGCCUCCUCGGCGGCGCCCGCCGGGCUCCUGGCCGGGCUGCCCCGCUUCGGCAGCCUCAGUCCCCCGCCGCCUCCUCCGCCCGCCCUCUACUUCAGCCCUGGGGCCGCCGCCGCAGCCGCCGCCGUGGCCGCCGGGCGCUACCCCAAGCCGCUGGCCGAGCUGCCCGGCCGGACGCCCAUCUUCUGGCCGGGGGUGAUGCAGAGCCCGCCUUGGAGGGACGCCCGCCUCGCCUGCGCUCCCCAUCAAGGCUCAAUUUUGCUGGAUAAGGACGGGAAGAGAAAACAUACCAGACCCACUUUUUCUGGCCAGCAGAUUUUCGCCCUGGAAAAGACUUUUGAGCAGACGAAAUACCUAGCGGGCCCGGAGCGAGCCCGGUUGGCCUAUUCACUGGGGAUGACGGAGAGCCAAGUCAAGGUCUGGUUCCAGAACCGGCGGACCAAGUGGCGGAAGAAGCACGCGGCGGAGAUGGCGACGGCGAAGAAGAAGCAGGACUCGGAGACGGAGCGGCUGAAAGGAGCCUCGGAGAACGAGGAGGAGGACGACGACUACAACAAGCCCCUGGACCCCAACUCGGACGACGAGAAGAUCACACAGCUGCUGAAGAAACACAAGCCGGGGGGCGGCGGGCUGCUGCUGCAUCCCCCCGAAGGUGAGGCCUCCGCCUAG